UUUAGAGGAAACGGGUGAACCAUAUGACUAUGCUGAUAAAUUUAAAGCGUUUAGCAAAAAAGUUCGUUUGUUAAGCGGAGUAAGUAAAAUAGAAAAAGAAAAAUUAACUCAAAUCUAUCGAAUUAAAAAGAUUCUAAAAAUGUGUAGUUUGCCGUUAGAAGACUACAAAAAAACUAAGUCUUUUAAUAGCAAAGACAAUUUUCGGGAGGAUAAAAUAACCACCGAAGAAAUGAUAAUAUCUGUCAUUUUGGUGGUCGGUGGAAAUAAAACUCCUACAAAAAAUGAUAAUUCAGAUUUAGUAAGAACUAAAACUAAGGAAAUUGCUUCCCUAGAACAAAAAUUAAGUUCUAAGAAUAUUAAAAAAGAUGAUUUAUUGAAAGAAUUAAAAGAUAGUCAGUAUCUAGAGGCUGGAGCAACUAAUUGA